AUGCGCAUAGGUGUUGUAUUAGGGACGGUCUUGUACUGUAGGCUGCCCCGUCGGAUUAUAAGGAUAGAGACCGGCCACUUGGGAUUAACGCUUCUGGGUACAAUGGUAUACGAACUACCCGGACGACGAAGUACGCGUGAAAAAUCGGUACAGGUCAAUUUUACUAUCAAAUUGCACAGUAACGGGUGA